CCCACCCGCAUACACAUUUCUCUCCUCUCUCCCCCUCUGCUCCCUCUGGUGGCUCCUGAGAUCUGGUUUUCACUGGAGAAUCACCGGCGACCACUUCAUCGUCUUUACUCAAAAGAUGGAACAAGGAUGUAAAAAAAGAGAAGUGGAUCAAGUAGUACAUGCAAGGAAAAGAACGAAAGUUUUAUACAUAUCGUUGCAACUAUUCCUUUUUCACAAUUAGUAAAAUCCUCUACUGAGCUACAACGGGUUUGUUCAUUUCGUUUUAUGUUUUGUUUCACUUUCUUUACAUGCAGUGCAAUCAACUUCAGCAUGUUGAAGCAUUUCUGAAGCUCACAUCUGAAAUAUCUGAUAAUUGCAAGAAACAUAUACAUAGAAUGGGUUUCAGGUCAUUCCUACAAAUAACUAGCAUGUCCAAUAUAUACUCUAUUUACCUCUAGCUUGCAAAUCAUUUCAACACAACUUCGUGCUCUAUUGAAACACCAAAUGGCUUCAAAUUCUGAAUUACACCUACAACUGUUCACAAAUUUUUUGGCAUUCCAAUUGGUGGACAUCUUGUAAUCACAAAACCAUCAGAAGCAACCUAUGAGUUCAUUCAACAAGAGUUAGGAACAAGAGUACCAACAAUUGAAUACCUUUCCUCAAUUAUCAAUGAUGAUAUCCCCGAAGAAAAAUACUGCAGAAUCUUCAUUCUCAUACUCCUGUCAUUGUUUGUUGCCCCUAAUUCAAGUGGAGUUUCUAGCAAGUUUGUGUAUAGUGCAAUAGUUGACAUUGACAGAAUUUCUCAGUAUGAUUGGUGUCUACUAUGUCUGAGCUACAUGGUUUGUUCAAUAAAGAAAACAAGGCUGAAGAACACAGUGAGCAAAGAAAUCAUUCCUAGUGGAAGCAAGUUACUUAUGGUGAUAUCCUACUUUGAAUUCCUGAUAAUAACUGAAAUCAAGAUGCCGACUAGAAACAAGACUACCAUUAUGGUAAGGAAACAUGCUAAAUUCAUAUAUGGCACUUGAUGUUGUGCAUGGCAAAAGAAAUGAGUAUGGAAGACUACCGAUAAAACACAUGUCCUCAACUCCAUUCAUUGAUUGAAAUUACAUCUGCCUGAAGAAAUUGCGGAGUAUAUUGAAUCCAAAUUCUCAGAUAUUAGUCUAACACAAGAUAAAAUCAUUCUUCAAUUGAAAGCUCAAGAUUUCUAUAGAAAUAUCAUUCGGAACACAACUCCUACCAUGAAAACCUAUGCAGAUGACAUCCAUUCUUCAUUUCUGAAAACCAUGACAACUUCCAGCAGCCAAAAUGUGCAAAUUAAACCAACACUUUCAGAGAACACAUUCAAAGUUCCUAUGUCUAAAGAAUUGUUGGCUAUACAAUCACCUCGCAUAUUCCCAAUGCUAGAUGUUCCAACAAUAAUUGAUAAAGAUAAACGAGUCAACAUACAUGAAAUUCUUGAUUCAUUGGUCAAUGAUUUCCCGCAGUCUGUCAACAUAACAAAUCUUGUUGAGCCUAAACUAAAUAAAGGUAGGUUGCUUCCUGAAAUCACAUAUCCAGUUGACAAGUCUCUCAACAGUACACCGCAUGGCAAUUCAAAUGGAGAAGCUGGUUCAAGCACUCAAUACGCACAAUCAGAUUAUCCUUCCUUUGAUGUAAUUACCAAUUCAAUUGACAUAGUACAGAAAGUUCCUUCUAAUUCUCAAAGAAUUGCAUCAGAACAAUCUAAAACUUUUGCAUCUCCUUCGUCUACUCAGUUCAGCCUCCCACCAAGUCAAUAUAACAACCAACAUCAUAAUUAUGCCAACACCAUUGUUCUUCCAAGUGAGAGCCCAAUAAGGAUGAUGGACUUCCUGUCACCAAAAGUAUACCCAAGCACUAUUGGCACACCCCUUGAAGAUCCUUUGUUAGUUCAAGCACUUGAACAACAUGAAACACAUUCCAGUAAGUUCUAUAAACUAGAAGGUUCAUCUUGGCAGCAACGCGUAAACAAUUCUUUCAAAUCUGGGACAGUAGUAAUCCAAGAUCAGAAGAAUGGAAAUAAGGAGGUCAUUUUUUCAACUGGAAUAGAUAAUGCCUUCUACCAAUCAUUGGUUGGACAUCUUUCCAAGUUAACCUACAGGAUCUAUGAGAUUGAACGAGUUUGGGUAGAAUAGAAAACUAUAACACUAUCAUUCAAGACUGGCGGUUGGAUAAAUCCUCGGGUUGUUGACUAUUUUUCAAAACUAAGGAAUAAAGACCAGCUCAACCGAGGAAUAAAAGGCCUGCUUCCAAACAGCAAUUUAGUAGAACAUAUAGUUAGCAUUGAUGACAUGGUACGACUCAGGAAUUUCCCUCCUUAGUAUCUUAGCAAGUACAAAGGUCUCGGAAUGGAAGGUUUCUCCAAUGACGAUUUACAAGCUCUACGAGAGAAAUUUCUUUUUGAGAUCAUAACUUGCAAGGACAAUGAAAUCCAGCUUCCAUUCGUAACUUCUUUCCUACAGGGACAUGGGUUUCCGCAUUUUCAAGUGAAGCAUUCAACAUGAUUUCUGCAUAUGAACAAAGCUUUUAGGCAUUCAUUGCCAUUCGUUACUGUCAAGUAUAAUGGAAUCUGCACUAGAAGAAGUUCUCCUGAAUUUGCACUGAAAGGAAAAAAACCAUGGCGAAAAUGCUUCAUCCUAAGAAAAAAACCAUUUGUUUCUAUUUCUUGCUUGUUUUGAUGUUUACCCUAGUGAUACUUUUUUGCAUAUGAACAACAGAAAGAAUUACUGAAGAAGUUGUAAUUGAUAUACCUUUACCAUACAAUUUCAUCCUACUGAUAAUUAGUUCUGGAAACAGUUGGACAAACUUGUUCUAAGUC